AUGGCGGCAUCUCUCUUCCCCAUGAGCUACUCCCCUAUGCUUUUCUUGACGUGCGUGCUCGUUAUCAUGGGGACAAGCCUUACUUGCCACACCUUGAUGUGGCCCUAUGACAGUCCUUUCCUGAAUACCUUGGAAUUCGGAACUCUGGUGUCAUCCACGGCGGCAGUCCUGGCAACAAUGCUUCUUUCACUUGAGCCAACUACUUGGUGCCUAGACUGCAGUAUCACGUGUCCUGUUCUCCUGUUGCUCGUCAUCCUUCUUGUGGUUCCCUUCGCAGUGCUCAUGGUGUUGUUCCUUCGCGAAGCAUUGAGGAAGGUGCAGAAUUUGAACCUAGACGAGGGCAAUGCAGACGCCCAGUAG